AUGAAUCCUGUAGCUGCAAGUCUGUGGCUUAAAGAAAUGGAGAAAGCCUUCACUUUGACCCAGGUAAGUGAUGAGCUUAAAACCGAGUAUGCUAGUUACUUCCUUAAGAAUGAAGCUAAUUAUUGGUGGGAGUCUACUCGGGCAUUAGAAGGAGAAGGUCUAGUUGAAUGGACCAGAUUUACAGAGUUGUUUUUGAAUAAGUAUUUCCCGAGUAGUUUGGCGAAUCAAAUGGAAAUUGAAUUUUUGGAGUUGAAGCAAGGAGAAAAGAGUGUGACUGAGUAUGAGAACAAGUUUACAGAACUUGCCCGUUUAGUGCCAGUAUAUGUAAGCACAGAGUCUCAGAAAGCUAAAAGGUUUCAGCAAGGGUUGAAGCCUGAGAUUAGAAGUGGAGUUGUAGCUUUACAACUCACUACAUAUACCUCGGUGGUCCUGGCUGCCUUAGUGAUAGAAAGUGAUCAGAAGCUGGCCGCCAAAGAGAAAGGCGAUACAAAGAGGAAAUUUGAUAAUGUUGAGGAUAAGUCUGGAUCAGGCGGACCCAGCCAAAGGUUUCAAGGGAGCAUCGAAAGGAAUAGGAAUCAAGGAUUCCGUAGACAGAAUUUUCCCCCAGCUAGACCCAGUACUACUUCAGUUGGUUCUGACCAAAGCAGGUUCGUGAGAACUCCGAUUGCAAAUUGUAAACGAUGUGGUAAGAGACAUGGUGGAUUGUGCAAGAUGAAUGUGGAUUGCUUCAGGUGCGGGCAGAAGGGUCAUUACUCGACAAUAUGCAGGGUACAGAAUCCAGGAAUAACUUGUCAUAAGUGUGGUAAGGUGGGUCAUUUGGCCAACAAUUGUAGGAGCAAUAUUCAGACUAGUGUUGGAGGCAGCUCGUCUCAGGGACCAGUUAAUAGUACUGCGAGGGCCAGAACCUUUAAGAUGACCAAGAAGUCUACCCCUCAGGAUUCUGAUGUAGUCGCAGGUACACUUUCUCUUAACUUCGUACCUGUUAAAGUUUUGUUUGAUUCUGGAGCUAUCCAAGUCAUUUAUAUCUAA